AGCGCUCGAUGGCCCUCGGUAGCUCUUCAGCCGCAUCAGCUUCACAGUAACCAGCAGGCCAUGCUGGCCAAUGUGUCACGCCGCUCCCGCUCCUUGCUCUCCCUGUCCCUCACCUCGCUGGCGCUGGCACUGUCUGUGCUGGCCUUCUGCACCUCCUACUGGUGUGAGGGCACACACAAGGUGGUGAAGCCACUGUGCCUCUCCCCUGUCAAGAUGAAGAACUGCGGCUCCAACGACAGCCAGCCCUUCACUACUCAGGUCCCCACACCUGACCCCAAAAAGCCAUCCAACAGGACAGUGUCUCCAAAGACAAGGGAGGAGCUCGCCAAGAUCCGCCAAAGGCAACUGGCCAACGCUGUGCACUACAUCUGGGAAACAGGAGAGGACAAAUACACAUUUCGAUAUUUUCACACAGGCUUCUGGGAGUCUUGCGAGAAGCACGCUGAUGGUGAGAAAUGUCGCAGUUUUAUGGAGCUGACUCCUGGGGAAAGCCAAGGGGUCCUGUGGCUGUCCGUGGUGUCGGAGGUGACGCACAUCGGUCUGCUGGCUAUGGGCUUCAUCCUCAUGUGGCUGGAGGUGCUGUGCGUGUGUUCUCACAAAGAGAUGUACGCCCUCAAGGUGAACGCCUUUGCUGCCGUCUGCACCGUCCUCUCGGGGCUGAUGGGGAUGGUGGCUCACAUGAUGUACACCACCGUGUUCCAGCUGACUGUGACAGUGGGACCCAAAGACUGGAGGCCGCAGAACUGGGACUACGGAUGGUCAUUUGCCUUGGCCUGGGUCUCCUUCAGCUGCUGCAUGGCUGCUGCGGUACUCACCUUGAACUCGUACACCAAGACGAUCAUAGAGCAGAGGCACAGGCAACGACUGCGCUUGGAGGACGUCCAACCGCCCCAGGCCCCUUCUUACGACGAAGUGGUGCCCGGAGGAGGGGUGUAUUCCGUCAGUGACCUUUUGCAGUGCCCAAACGGCGUGAUUGACAGCGUGUGGCCGGGAGAAGGGGUCAGGAUCGGAAUGGGCGACCAGCCCACCCUGGUGCUCAUCGGAGGAUGCGGGACGGAGGGCUGCGAGGACUGCGAGAGGGAGAUGGAUGAGAUGGAGGAGGCGAUACAGAGGGAAAGGCAGGAUUCUCUGUGCUGA